GCAUUGUUCGGGCAACUCCCGGAGCGCGCACAGCCCGCUCGCAGCGCCGCGAGAGUGCGGCCCCCUUCGGUCCCCGCCCGGCCCAGGCGCAGGCAGCUCAGAUUAAAGAAGUUGAUUGACCAAGAAACCAAGUCCCAGGAGAAGAAGGAACAAGAAAAGGAAAAGAGGGUCACCGCCCUGAAACAGGAGCUGACCAAACUGAAGUCUUUUGCUUUGAUGGUGGUGGAUGAACAACAAAGGCUGACGGCACAGCUUGCCCUUCAAAGACAGAAAAUCCAAGACCUAACCACAAGCGCAAAGGAAACACAUGCUAAACUAGCCCUCGCUGAAACUCGAGUUCGGAAAGAAGAGCAGAAGGCAACCAGACUAGAGAAAGAACUGCAAACACAGACCACAAAGUUUGGCCAGAACCAAGAAACAAUUAUGGCAAAGCUCACCAACGAGGACAGCCAAAAUCGUCAGCUUCGACAAAAGCUGGCAGCACUUAGCCGGCAAAUUGAUGAGUUAGAAGAGACAAACAGGUCUUUACGAAAAGCAGAAGAGGAGCUGCAAGAUAUAAAAGAAAAAAUCAACAAGGGAGAAUAUGGAAACUGUGGUAUCAUGGCUGAGGUGGAGGAGCUCAGGAAACGUGUGCUAGAAAUGGAAGGGAAGGAUGAAGAACUCAUAAAAAUGGAGGAGCAGUGCAGAGAUCUCAAUAAGAGGCUCGAAAAGGAAACAUCUCAGAGCAAAGACUUCAAACUUGAGGUUGAAAAACUCAAUAAAAGAAUUAUGGCUCUGGACAAAUUAGAAGAUGCCUUCAACAAAAGCAAACAAGAAUGUUACUCCCUGAAAUGCAAUUUAGAAAAAGAAAGGAUGACCACAAAGCAGUUGUCUCAAGAACUGGAGAGUUUAAAAGUAAGAAUCAAAGAGCUAGAAGCCAUUGAAAGUCGGUUGGAAAAGACAGAAUUCACCCUAAAAGAGGACUUAACUAAACUGAAAACAUUAACUGUGAUGCUGGUAGAUGAAAGGAAAACAAUGAGUGAAAAAUUAAAGCAAACUGAAGAUAAGUUACAAGCUGCUGCUUCUCAGCUUCAAAUGGAGCAAAAUAAAGUAGCAACAGUUACUGAGAAGUUAAUUGAGGAAACAAAAAGGGCACUGAAGUCCAAAACUGAUGUGGAAGAAAAAAUGUACAGUGUCACCAAGGAGAGAGAUGAUCUAAAGAACAAACUAAAAGCAGAAGAAGAUAAAGGAAAUGAUCUCCUAUCCAAAGUUAAUCUAUUGAAAAAUAGGCUUCAAUCAUUGGAAGCAAUUGAGAAAGAUUUCCUAAAAAACAAAUUAAAUCAAGAUUCUAGUAAGUCCACAACAGCAUUACACCAAGAAAACAAUAAGAUUAAAGAACUCUCUCAAGAAGUGGAAAGACUGAGACUGAAGUUAAAGGAUAUGAAAGCCAUUGAGGAUGACCUUAUGAAAACAGAAGAUGAGUAUGAGACUCUAGAACGAAGGUAUGCUAAUGAGCGAGAUAAAGCUCAAUUUUUAUCUGAAGAGCUGGAACAUGUUAAAAUGGAACUUGAAAAGUACAAGUUAGCAGAAAAGACAGAGUCCAGCCAUGAAGAGUGGCUUUUCAAAAGGCUUCAAGAAGAAGAAGCGAAAUCAGGGCACCUCUCAAGAGAAGUAGAUGCACUGAAAGAGAAAAUUCAUGAAUACAUGGCAACUGAGGACCUCAUAUGUCAUCUCCAGGGAGAUCAUUCGGUUCUACAAAAGAAACUCAAUCAACAAGAAAACAGGAACAAGGAUUUAGGAAGAGAGAUUGAAAACCUCACUAAAGAGUUAGAGAGGUACCGGCAUUUUAGUAACAGCCUCAGGCCUAGUCUCAAUGGAAGAAUCACCUCUGACCCUCAAGUAUUUUCUAAAGAAGUUCAGACAGAAGUAGCAGACAAUGAGCCACCCGAUUACAAGAGUCUCAUUCCUCUGGAACGAGCAGUCAUCAAUGGUCAGUUGUAUGAAGAGAGUGAGGACCAGGAGGAGGACCCUAAUGACGAGGAAUCCGUGCUAUCCUUCAAAUGCAAUUCAUCUUCUCCCUGUCCUGUUAACAGGAAGCUAUGGAUUCCUUGGAUGAAAUCGAAGGAGAGCCAUCCUCAGAAUGGAAAAAUACAAACUAAACCCAAUGGCAAUUUCAUGCAACCUGGAGAUCUAGUCCUAAGCCACAUGCCUGGGCAGCCACUUCAUAUAAAAGUUACUCCAGACCAUAUUCAAAACACAGCCACUCUUGAAAUCACAAGUCCGACUACAGAGAGUGCUCACUCUUAUACAAGCACUGCAGUGAUACCAAACUGUGGCACCCCAAAGCAAAGGAUAACCAUCCUCCAAAAUGCCUCCAUAACACCGGUGAAAUCCAAAAUUUCUGCUGAAGGCCUCAUGAAUAUAGAGCAAAAUAUGUCCCCAAUUACUACGGCAACCUUUGCCAGAGCGCAGACCCCAGAGUCUUGUGGUUCUAUAACUCCAGAAAGGACAAUGUCACCUAUUCAGGUUUUGGCUGUGACUGGUUCAGCAGGCUCUCCUGAGCAGGGACGUUCCCCAGAGCCAAUAGAAAUCAGUGCCAAGCAUGCAAUUUUCAGAGUCUCCCCUGACCGGCAAUCAUCGUGGCAGUUUCAACGUUCAAACAGCAACAGUUCAAGUGUGAUAACUACUGAGGAUAAUAAAAUCCACAUUCACUUAGGAAGUCCUUACAUGCAAGCUGUAGCCAGCCCCGUGAGACCUGCCAGCCCUUCAACGCCACCACAGGAUAACCGAACUCAAGGCUUAACUAAUGGGGCACUAAACAAAACAACCAAUAAAGUCACCAGCAGUAUUACUAUUACACCAACAGCCACACCUCUUCCUCGACAAUCACAAAUUACAAUCAAGGAUGUAUGCAAGCAGAGAAUCCCAACACGGAUCCCUAAACCAAAAUCUACAGGCAACACUAAGCUUUUCCCUAAAGCUCCCCCAGGGCUUAUGGAUAAGCCCAGUCACUACACUGGCUGUGGAAAGCUACACAUCAUAAGAACUGUCACCUCUAACACUUUUCUCCACAUGGGAGGGAAAAGGUAAGUCAUGCCAAUGCAUUAUCUGGAUUCACCCACUUACAGAAAUAUCCAGAAAACUAAAAUUACCAUUAUGAAGGCCAAAGAGGAAAGGUCAUCUCUCUAAGAAAUGGUGAAGCAGCAAAAUGACGAACAGUUCAUUCACAGGUUGCUGGACCCGGUGAAUAGCAUCCUGAAAGAGCAGCAUAUCUGCAUUUAUUGUACCUAUAUGUGUGUAUAUGCAUAUACACACGAACAGGCCAAAUCCUUCCAAUUCCUCAUUCUACUUACAAUCCAGCCCAAAGCCGGACCACCUAUCUAUCAUUAGCACGGGAUAGGACUGAAUUCAUGAGACCAACUGACAAGUUUUCUGGUGAACUCAGAAGUAAGUCUUGCAUUUCACAGAACUUUAUUGAAUCAUAUUUUGCUAAGAAGAUAUGCUAGAAAGAAUUCCUAAUCAACUUCAAGAAAAUCAGAUCAUUUCCAUCAAAAUGGAAGGACAAUUAAAAUCACACUUUAAGGUCUAAAACUGAUUUCUUUACACUAGAAGAAAAUUCUUAGUACAAGGAAGAAAGGAACCAAAAAAUGAGUAAUAGACGAAUACAACCUUUCUGUGACGGACCUGAUAAUCACUGGUAUAAUAUGCACACUUGACUGCUGGCACUUAGACUUCUGUGUCACUUGUAGGAGGUUGCCCCUCCUAUAUAUGCCAGGCCAUAGAAUCAUAUUGCUAGGCUUAUUACAAAAACUAUUUUAGAUGGAUAUUUCUGCUUUCUAAAGCAAUCAGGAUAUUUAAGAGUCAAAGGUCAAGAAUACUGAGAUCUUUUAGGGAGAAAGGAAUCACUGUCCUAGGUGUUUAAAAAAAAAAGAUAACAAUUAUCAUCUCAUCAGACAUUCUUUAAUGACAUCACUUCAAUGUAUCAGUGCUAUAGAAAAACAGUUGAUUCACCAAGACUCAAAUUCCAAUCCUAGCUUUUUACUCAUUUGACAAUGAGCUUGGCAUUCAACAGUCUGAGCCUUGAGUUUCUCAUAUAUAAAACAGGACAACUUAAUAAUUCUUCAGGUUCCUUCCAGUUCUGAUUAACCAUGACUGAAUUCAACCAGUCAUCUACAAGGUGGGACUCGGGCCUCUGGCAGUAGUAAGCUAAAGUAAUCCUUUUCAUCACACUUAAAGCUCUCUUACUGAGGUAAAAGAAAGAUAUGUCUAUAAUUUAGUGUGGACAGAGCAACACAAUAAUGUUAUAAGACAAGGCAUUUUUGACACGAGACACAGUUAUAUUGUGCAAAGCUUCAGUGUAAAAAAAAAAAAAAAAAUCUAUGAAGAGCAUGAUGCAAGGUUCUCUGUGAUCCUGUACCGAGAACUGGAGACAAGAUCCUGGAAGAAAUCCUGGAAGGACAGUGCUUUAGCAAGCUAUCCUGGGACGGAGCCAGCAAAAUAGGAGCAAAGGAACUGCCAUUCUCCACACUCAUCCAGCCUGGCCUGCUUCCAUGCACUUGUGUCACUAUACAAAUAACCAUGGACUCACUCCAGUUUUAAGGAGGAGGAGAAGGAGCUGCAAGUCUGGUACCACUGAACAAAGAAGUCAAAGAGAGGGAUGAUGUGCAGCAGUCCCAACAGACGAGUAACUGAGGAAGAAGUGAGGGGAGGUCAGGUGAAUUAAAAGCCUGAAAUGGAGAAGUCUAAGUUGAAAAGUUGUCAGACAAAGAGUGGGAAGAAGUGAGCUUAAAAAAAAAAAAAUAGUAAUGGAAUUCUAACACAAACAUACAGAAGAAACAGUUCAAAAGGAAGUGCAGGGUGGUAACAGGUAAAUGGUGCAGUCGGAAAAUGUGUAAGAUACUUAGUGUUGUGCCUGCAAUAUGGAGGUAAUGUUAAAUGAACAGAGGAUGAAUGAAUGACAGAGAAGAGGACCAUUCAGUCAAGACGUAAGUGAGAAAAUUGCUAAGAGAUAGCACUGGUAUAUAGUUACAGUGAAGAAAAGCAGUUACGCUAUGUGACUGACAUUCAAGACUGAUAAUUAUGCUAAUGGAAAGAAAAAACACUGGAUCUCCUGUAGUAGAAACCAAACAGACUGAAAAGAAGCAUAAAACAGGAAAAACAAGCAUGAAAUACUCCCAGAAAAACAAAAGACACUGGGAACAGUUUUACCUUGAAAAGGAGCACAAAAUAUGUUGUAUGUUGGAUAUUUUAAAAUUGUAUUUUCCUAGGUUAGGAGACUUCUUCAAGUGUUUUCACGCCGAGCUGGCAUAAAUUCAGGAGAAGAAAAAAAAGGAGAAGAUAUUGUACAAAGUACUAAAAAAGAGUCAGAAAAUAGCGAAAUUUCUAUGGCAAGCAGCAGAAAUCCAUAUUUAAAUGGUAACAAUUCUAAUCCCAAUAAGACAGAAGUCUUUAAAAUAAAAAAGUCUAUUUUAAAGACAAUUACCAACCAAAAACCAUACUUAUUUUAAAGCAAUAUGUAAUAAAUGCAAUAAAAAUGCAUAAGUAGCUCAGAACUGGGAAUACUAUUUGGAGUUUAACAAAAUGGUGUUUGAGCUGUAACACAACUGAAACAUAAAGAAUCCUGUUUCCUGAGAAUAAUUCUAUUUCUGCAGAAAUGUGACUCCUCUGAAAAACAGUAAAAAUAAAAGAAGCUAUCCUAA